AUGAGCUCACCAUUUGCAUCUUCUUGGCGCAAGUUCAUUGAAGAAUUUGGGGAAUCUCCAGCCCUUGGAGGCUCGCUAGCCGAUAUUCAGAGAGGGUGGGAUAACUUGCUGCAGAAGAUGGUAGACAAGUAUGAGUUUCCCGAGCCGGACACGUCGGUGAAGACCAAAGACAUCACUCUACAAAACUCCGGUCUCAGGAUUUACACGCCUCCUGAUGCAACCAAGAGUCAGACAGUGGGAAUUUACUUCCACGGUGGGGGGUGGGCUUUGGGGAGUGUUGAGCAGGAAGAUGCCAUUUGUCGACUAAUCAGCAAGCAUCACAAAAUGACCGUGGUUAGUGUUGAAUAUCGGCUGGCGCCCAAGCAUAGAUAUCCAGCUGCUCUUGAUGACUGCGUUGACGCCGUGACCUGGUCCUUGUGCAAUUUGCCGGCGCAGUCCGUGGUCCUGAUCGGAGCGUCCGCCGGGGGGAAUCUCACCUUUGGCACCGCGCUAAGGUUAAUUGACCAGGGCAACGGCGAGCGCGUGAAGGGAAUAGUAGCGCUUGUCCCCGUCACCAUCCACCCGGAUGCCAUUCCCGCAGAGAUGAAGGCGGCAUAUACCUCGUAUGAGACCAAUGCUAACGUCACCGUGAACACCCAGUCUGCGAUGAAGACAUUCUUCGACACUUACGGUGCCCCGGUGGACGAUAAAUACACUUCUUGCCUUCUACAUCCGAAGCUCAACAAUCUUCGGAAAGCGUAUAUUGCUGAAUGCGGCGUAGACACCUUGCGAGACGAUGGAAGAUUAAUGAGGGAAGCAUUGGAGAAAGCCGGCGUUCCUGUUACUUAUGACGCCUACCCGGGAUAUCCCCAUUAUUCUUGGACCUUUCCCUCGAAACACCUCGAUCAACACCGUGAUGAGUUUCUUCUGAACGUCUUACACGGUAUCGAGUGGGUAAAUGGCCCAUUAUAG